GGAGGUACACGGGCAGCCGAGGGCUGGGAGGGAAGGAGUGAGAGAGAGAGGGGAGAUUGAACAGCCAUCACGCAAAGCACACACACACCACAACACAAAGAGGAAGGAGGUGUAGUUACGUGGUGUUAUAUAUAGAGAGAGAAGAGUCUGGCAUAAUCACUCCACACUGAACUGCACAGGGUGAGGAAGAGAGAGAGAGGGAGCGGAGAGAAACGCCAAAGCGUGCGCGCAUGCACGGUUGCAAGACACCACACAGCGGAAACCAACUGCGGUAACAUUUCUUCGUGUUGGGAGACCAAAGUUGAGAGCAGGCACUUAGUUAGCGAGCACCUAUUACGGAAAGCCCCCACCCCCCCCCCACCCCCGCCUUGGAACUUUACUCGUUGAUUGGACUCUGCCGCCUCGGAUGCUUAGCAGAAGAAGACUCGCGCGCGCGCUGGGGGUGUGGGGCAUGUGGAUGACUGACGCUGGACUAGGAGCAAGUUGUUGAUUCCUCGUAUAUGUAGAGAGAGAGAUGCGAUUCUCGCUUUGUAGCUAAACGCACGCGGCGACAGUGGCGGAUUACCCCUGGAAGAUGGCACAGCCGUGGAGAUAUAUUUAACACAAGAGCCGGGGACACCGGCGCGGCGCUGCCAUGGACGAUGGCGCUCGUCCCACCACCGCCGCCGCCGCCGCCGCUGCUCGCCCGUCCUUCGGCAGAGCCGCCGCAUACUCCACGCAGCAGCCACCACAGCAGCAGCUACAGCGGGAGUCCACCGCUACCCCCGCAGCCACCCACCCCCCCGCGGCCUCCACCGCUGGCGGUCCGCUGCUUCCACCACCACCGCCACCACCACUACCCCCCUCCUCCUCCUCCUCCUCCACCGCGUUCGUCCACCUCUACGACGCGGGAGCGAGCGGCAGGGACCCGGCGGGGAGGGCCGCGCCGAACCGCGCCACCUCCACGGCCACCCUCGGUGGCGGAGCUGCCGGUGGCGGCGACGGAGGCGACGGCGAUGGUUUGGAGGCCGGGAAAAGCUCGGCCACGGAGGGCCUCCCCUACCCGUUGCUCGCUCCCAUCGCCUUCUACGUCCUGCGGCAGAGCACACGGCCUCGCUGCUGGUGCCUCAAGGUAGUGUGCAACCCGUGGUUUGAGCGACUCAGCAUGCUCAUUAUCCUGCUCAACUGCGUCACCCUCGGCAUGUUCCAGCCCUGCGAGGACAUCGACUGCUCCAGCGACCGCUGCAAGAUCCUCAAGAGGUUCGAUGACUUCAUCUUCGCCUUCUUCGCGGUGGAGAUGGUCAUCAAGAUGCUGGCGCUCGGCGUGUUCGGGAAGCAGUGCUACCUGGGUGAUACGUGGAACCGCCUAGACCUCUUCAUCGUCGUGGCCGGGAUGUUGGAGUACUCCCUGGACAUGCAGAACGUGAGCCUGUCCGCGAUCCGGACGGUGCGUGUGCUUAGGCCGCUACGCGCCAUCAACCGCGUCCCCAGCAUGCGCAUCCUGGUGACGCUGCUGCUCGACACACUGCCCAUGCUGGGCAACGUGCUGCUCCUCUGCUUCUUCGUCUUCUUCAUCUUCGGCAUCAUCGGCGUGCAGCUGUGGGCCGGCCUGCUACGCAACCGCUGCUUCCUGGCCAACAACUUCACCGAGAUGUUCAACAUGACCUACGACCCGUACUUCAUCCCGGACGACGGGGACGAGUCGCCCUUCCUCUGCUCCCUCAACUCCGACAACGGCAUGCAGCGCUGCGCCGACAUCGAGCCGAGCCUCUCCCCGGACGGCGCCGUCUGCUCGCUGCCGGCGCUCCUCUUCCUGCAGCAGCAGCAGCAGCAGCGGCGGCAGCGCGACGGGGAAGCGGCCGGGGCAGCGGCCGCGAUGGAGCAAGGCGGACAGCGGCAUCGCAACAACAACCACCACCACCACCCGUCGCACCACGGCCACUUCCACAACUACGACGGCGGAGGGGCGGACGGGAUGCAGGAGGCGUUCCGGGACCUGCCGCGCACCAACACCUGCGUCAACUGGAACCAGUUCUAUUCACGGUGCGGCCCCGCGCAGCGAAACCCUUUCCGCGGCGCCAUCAACUUCGACAACAUCGGAUACGCCUGGAUCGCCAUCUUCCAGGUGAUCACGCUGGAAGGCUGGGUGGACAUCAUGUACUACGUCAUGGACGUUCACUCCUUCUACAACUUCAUUUACUUCAUUCUGCUCAUCAUCGUCGGCUCCUUCUUCAUGAUCAACCUGUGCCUGGUGGUGAUUGCCACGCAGUUCUCCGAGACCAAGCAACGUGAGUGCCAGCUGAUGCGGGAGCAGCGCGCCCGCUUCCUUUCCAACGACAGCACCCUCGCUAGCUUCUCGGAGCCGGGCAGCUGCUACGAGGAGCUGCUCAAGUACGUGGGCCACGUGUACCGCAAGGCGGCUCGCCAGGCCCGCCGCGCCUACCGCGAGUGGCGCCGCCGACGGAGACGCAGGAGGAGUUUCGGCGGCGGCGGCGUCGCGAGCGCCGGGAGCGUCUGCGCCGGAGGGGAGUACGGCGUCGGCGCGGAGUACGCCGGAGGGUUUUGCUCGGCGGCGUGGGACCGGCGGCGAGGGAGGGCCGACGGCGGCGGCGCGGCCGGGGCCGCCGCCGUGGCGUUUGGCCGGAGGCGGCAGAGGCCGGCGAAGGAGUCGGCGGAGAGGAAGAGGAGGCGGCGGAGGAAGAGGAUGCGCUCGAUCCACCACCUGAUCCAUCACCACCACCACCAUCACCACCACCACUACCACCUCGGCUCCGAGCAGCAGCAGAAGACGGAUAAGCUCGUCGCGUUUGGCAGCGGCGUUGGCGGCGGCGGAAACGCCAACGGGAGUUCCCGGCUACUCGGGAGCGAGCUGGGAAAUUUGCGCCAAGCGUGCGGCGAAUGCGGCGGUUCCAACAGCGGCAGCAGCGGCGGCGGCAGCGGCGGCAGCAGCGGCGGCGGCAGCAACAACGGCGGUGGUAGCGGUGGUGGCGGUGGCGGCGGCGGCGGUAGCAGCAGCGGUUCGGCGCGUCCCUCCAACAGCCUCGUGGUGCCAGUAGGCCCGAGCCUGCAGCAGGCCUCGAGUUCGGAGUCGGUGCACAGCGUCUACCACGCGGACUGCCACCUCGACGCGCUGCCUCUCCGCCACUCGCCGGCGGCGGCCUCCCCACGCACCGAGUCGCUCCGCUCGGUGGCGCGGAUGAGCGCCGCGGCCGCUGCCGCCGCCGCCGCGGCUGUGGCUCAGGCCCAGGGAGGAGGCCUCCCCGGCGGAGAGGCGCCGGCGGCGGGGGGUGCCGGCGCCGGCGCCUGUCGCGCGGUGGUGGCGGCGGCGGUGUCUGACGGAGGGAAGGAGAAGAGGGUUCAGUUGGCGCCGCCGCCGAUGGAUCCGUACACGAAGCUCCAGCACUUUGUGGGAGCUCGCAGCUCGUGCUGCGGAGGGGGGGCGCCCCCCCUCUCGGUGUCGUUUUCCGCAGGGGCGGCGCGUGGCGACGUGUUGCCCUGCAAGCUGGAGAAGUGCUCGCUGUGCGCGGAGGCCGUGUCGGCCAUGCGGCGGCACGCCCAGCGGGACGAUGACGACGACGACGAUGACGACGACGACGACGAUGACGACGACGACGACGACGACGAUGACGACUUGUGUUCGGAUUCGGAAAACGACGAGAACGAGAAUUUCGAAGGAUACAAUUCGGAUGUGGAUCGAGACCGGCGAGAAGAGGAGGAGGAGGGGGAGGAAGAGGACGAGGCCCACGUCGCCGCACGUGGCGGUGCCGGCGCUGGCGCCGGCGAGUGCGUGUACGAGUUCACGCGCGACGUCGUGCACUCGCGCCCGCACCACGCCGGCUGGAGCUUGGGGCACUGCGGCGAUCGCUCGGCGUGGGACGCGGCGGCGGCCGCGGCCGCGUCGGCGGCGGCGUCGGCCGCGGCGAGACGGCAGCGGGCGCAGCUGACGCAGCAGCAGAGGAGGAAGCGGAGGAGGAAGAGGAGGAGGCGAGGGAGAGGCGAGGAGGAUGAGGAGGGCGACGGUGGCGGCGGUGCUUGCCGGCGUUGCCUGCGCGCCCUCGCGCACUGCCUCCGCAAGAUCGUCGACAGCAAGUACUUCAACCGGGGCAUCAUGGUGGCCAUCCUCAUCAACACGCUCAGCAUGGGCAUCGAGUACCACGAGCAGCCAGACGAGCUGACGAGCGCACUGGAGAUCAGCAACAUCGUCUUCACGAGCCUCUUCGCACUGGAGAUGGUCCUCAAGCUCCUGGCGUUCGGUCCCUUGGGGUACAUCAAGAACCCCUACAACAUAUUCGACGGCGUCAUUGUCAUCAUCAGCGUGUGGGAGAUCGUGGGCCAGUCAGACGGGGGGCUGUCGGUGCUGCGCACCUUCCGCCUGCUGCGGGUGCUCAAGCUGGUGCGUUUCAUGCCCGCGCUCCGGCGCCAGCUCGUGGUGCUCAUCAAGACGAUGGACAACGUCGCCACCUUCUGCAUGCUGCUCAUGCUGUUCAUCUUCAUCUUCAGCAUCCUGGGAAUGCACCUGUUUGGGUGUAAGUUCAGCCGUCACCUCGACAACGGAGACACCGUCCCAGACCGCAAGAACUUUGACUCCCUCCUGUGGGCCAUCGUCACCGUCUUCCAGAUCCUGACGCAGGAGGACUGGAACGUGGUGCUCUACAACGGCAUGGCCUCCACGUCGCCCUGGGCCGCGCUCUACUUCAUCGCCCUCAUGACCUUCGGGAACUACGUCCUCUUCAACCUCCUUGUCGCCAUCCUCGUGGAGGGCUUCCAGGCCGAGAAACACAAAUCACGGACCUGUGUGGAGGGCGACACAAACCGCUCCGAGUCAAGCUUCGGGAAGGGCUCCGUGAGCUUCGACGACGACCUGGGGAAGAAGUCGGAGUUCCCCAUGAUGACGAUCGUGACGCCCAAUGGCCACGUGGAUUCCAAGUGCAGCCUGGGCCCGCCGAUAAUCACCCACACGGCCGCCACCCCGAUGCCGACGCCCAAGGGCUCGCCGCACGCCGACGGCCCGGUGUCGCGGCACGGCAGCGCGGCCUCCAUCGGGCCGCCCGUCCACAGCGCCAACCCCGACCAGAAGUCUCUGGUCGGCAGCUUUAGCGCCGGCAGCUGGAGCAGUCGCCGCUCGAGCUGGAACAGCCUGGGCCGCGCAUCGAGCCUCAUCCGGCGCGGCGGCGACGACGCCAACGGCGGCGAGCGCGAGUCUCUGCUCUCCUCGUCGCGCUGUGGAGCGGGGGGAGGUGGCGGGGGGGGGGCAGCGGCGGCCGCCGUCACCGGACACAACUCGGCCGCCGGUAGCGGUUGGGGUUCGGGCUCCGACGAGGAUGACGCCGGCGGGGAAGAGAGGGGGGGUGGUGGCGGCUCGACGGCGAUGAUGAUGGGGGACGCCGAGAAGCUGCAGAAUCAUCAUCGCCACCACCACCACCACGGUCAUCAGCGCCACCAGCAGCAGCAGCAACGUCAUCACCACCAGCAACAGCAGCAGCAGCAGCAGCUUCACCACCACCAGCGGAGCGCGAGCGUCUGCAAGGAGGCGCCGCGCAGCCGUCGAAGCGCGUCGCUCUGCACGUCGCCCGACGCGCCCUUUGACCCCGAGCCCAUGGUGCUGGUGGUGCCCUCGCUUAGCCUGCCGGCGGGGGAUGGACCGGCGGGGGCAGCGGUGGGGCGCCGCGCUCGCAGGGACAGCGCGUGCAACGGGAGGACGGCGAGGGACGUGGACGGGAAAAGGGCCGAAGAGGAGGAGGAGGAGGACGAGGAGUACUCGGAUGAAAGCUGUCUGAGUCGGAUGAGGAAACGCCUGCAGCCUCUGAAGCCGAGGUUCUGUGCGGAGCGCGAGGACUGGUCGCUCUACCUGUUCGCUCCACGCAACAGGUUCCGAAUGCUCUGCCAGAAGAUCAUCUCCCACAAGCUGUUCGACCACAGCAUCCUCGCCAUCAUCUUCCUCAACUGCAUCACCAUCGCGCUGGAGAGGCCAGACAUCCAGGAUCGUAGCAUGGAGAGGCUACUGCUCUCCAUCGCUAACAACGUCUUCACCGUCAUCUUCACGCUGGAGAUGACCGUCAAGGUGGUGGCCCUGGGCCUGUUCCAGGGCGAGAGAGCCUACCUGCAGACCAGCUGGAACAUCCUGGACGGCGUGCUGGUCCUAGUCUCCAUCGUGGACCUCCUGGUGGCCCACGUGGGAGGCCCCAAGAUCUUGGGCAUCCUCCGGGUUCUGCGCCUCCUCCGGACGCUCCGCCCGCUCAGGGUAAUCAGCCGAGCCCCGGGUCUCAAGCUCGUCGUGGAGACGCUCAUCUCCUCGCUCAAGCCCAUCGGCAACAUCGUCCUCAUCUGCUGCGCCUUCUUCAUCAUCUUCGGCAUCCUCGGCGUCCAGCUCUUCAAGGGGAAGUUCUACUACUGCGAGGCGCCCGAGGCCCUGCGCGUGGCAAACCGCUCCGACUGCGAGGCGCACCAGCUCAAGUGGAUGCGAUACAAAUACAACUUCGACAACCUGGGCCAGGCGCUCAUGUCGCUGUUCGUGAUGGCCUCGCGCGACGGCUGGGUGGACAUCAUGUACAACGGCCUCGACUCCGUGGGGGUCAACCAGCAGCCGAGGCAGAACCACAACCCCUGGAUGCUCCUCUACUUCAUCUCGUUCCUGCUCAUCGUCGGCUUCUUCGUGCUCAACAUGUUCGUCGGCGUGGUGGUGGAGAACUUCCACAAGUGCCGGCAGCAGCAGGAGGAAGAGGAGACCAAGCGCAGGGAGGACAGGCGGCAGCAGCGGCUCGAGAAGAAAAGGCGCAAGGCCCAGCGCCAGCCGUACUGGGCCAGUUACUCACGCCCGCGCCUGCUCAUCCACAAGAUGUGCACCGCCCACUACCUGGACCUCUUCAUCUCCAUCAUCAUCGGCCUCAACGUCGUCACCAUGUCCAUCGAGCACUACGCACAGCCCAAGGCUCUGGACCGGGCCCUCAAGUACUGCAACUACGUCUUCACCGUUGUCUUCGUGCUCGAGGCCGUGCUCAAGCUCAUCGCCCUCGGCUUUCGGCGGUUUUUCAAGGAGAGGUGGAACCAGCUGGACGUGGCCAUCGUCCUUCUGUCCAUCAUGGGCAUCACGCUGGAGGAGAUUGAGAUCAACGCCUCGCUGCCCAUCAACCCGACCAUCAUCCGCAUCAUGAGGGUGCUGCGCAUCGCCCGGGUGCUCAAGCUGCUGAAGAUGGCGACGGGGAUGCGAGCGCUACUCGACACCGUCAUGCAAGCCCUGCCGCAGGUGGGGAACCUGGGCCUGCUCUUCAUGCUGCUCUUCUUCAUCUACGCGGCGCUGGGAGUGGAACUCUUCGGGAACCUGGAGUGCAUCAAGCAGGCAUGCGAGGGCCUAGGGAGACACGCGACCUUCAAGAACUUCGGCAUGGCCUUCCUGACGCUCUUCCGCGUCUCCACGGGCGACAACUGGAACGGGAUCAUGAAGGACACGCUGCGCGAGUGCGCGCCGGAGGAGGAGGGCGGCGGUGGUCAGGAGGGCGGCGGCGGCGGCGAGAGCUGCUGCUGCCACAACACGCUCGUGUCGCCGCUCUACUUCGUCACGUUCGUGCUCGCCGCCCAGUUCGUGCUCGUCAAUGUCGUCGUGGCCGUCCUCAUGAAGCACCUGGAGGAGAGCAACAAGGAGGCACGCGAGGACGCGGAGCUCGACGCGCAGGUGGAGAUGGAGAUGGAAUGGGCACGCUACGGCGGAGACGGAGCCGAGUCGGGCGGCAUCGGUCGCGAUUCCGAGAGCGGGCGCUCGUUCGAGAGGUGCAGCCUGCGGCAGGACUCCCCGCUGCAGCGCCAUCACACGCUGGAGAAAAUGGGCUUCGACAAUGUCUCGCUCAUCGUCCAGGACUCGAUGGAGGCGGAGCUGCUGAUGAUGGACAACAUCUCGGGCUCCGUGUUCCACCACUACGCGACUCCGGUGCCCGAGAAGCGCGCCAACCACAAGCACGAGAUCCCCUUUGCGGAGAUGGAGGCCAUGUCUGUGACGUCGGACAAACUCUCCGAGAAGUCCUGGUCGCUGCCGCUCACUGACGACUCCUACCCAGACGUGGGGGGCACACGCACACCCCAGCCAGAGGGCCGCUGCACGGAGGACGCCUCCUCCCCCUGCCCGGAAGCGGGCGACGCCGACAGCGGCGGCCACCUGCUCUCUGUGCGGAAAGUGAGCAUCGGGCGUACCCACUCGCUCCCCAACGACAGCUACAUGUUCAGACCCGUCGACUCCGUCGCCGGCCCGCCACUGCCGCCCGACGCGGGGGGCGCGGCGGUCUUUGAGCCGACGACGCCAGCAGCAUCAGCGGGCCCGAGGCUGCCGACCCAGCGGUCGCAGGCGGAGGCGGCCUGCGCCUUCCUGCAGCUGCCCCCUCCUCCGCCCUUCGCCGCCUUUCCCGUGCCGGCUCACGCGCAGGCGACGGCGGGCGUGCCCCGGCUGCCCCCGCCGGCGCCCCCUCGCUCCCCCGGCUCCCAGAGGCUCCUGCGAAGACAGGCCGCAGUCCGAAUGGACUCCAUAGACGCCCCGACCCUGGGCUCCAAAGACAGCCUCCUCUCCGCCACUCAAGACAGCCCCGUACACCACAUCCCUCAUCAUCACCAUCAGCAGCCGCCUCAACUGCCGCUAGCGCCGCCGCCGCCGCCGCUCCCAUCUCUGCGGCCGCCCCCCACCGUGCCGAGGCCUCUCCCCCGACGGGUAGGGAGCGGCGUCGGCGGCGGCGGCGGCGGCGGCGGCGCUGCGGCGAACGGGGCGGGGGGGCGGCUGAGCCGGGAGGGCUCGGACCCCAACGACGAGGAGGUGAGGAGGAUCACGAGGGGCUCGGCGGUGGCGGCGGCGUCGGGCCGCGAGGUGAAGAAGUGCCACAGCGUGGACGACCGAGGGCUGCUCUCCGUGGCCGCGGCGGCCGCGGCGGCCGCGGCCGCCGGGUCGAGUGCCGGGGCGGCGGGCUGCUGGUGGACGGACGACGCCAGGAGACACUCCAUCGAGAUCUGCCCCGAGAUGCAAACGCGAGCCGACCGUCGGGGUUCCCUGGCCCCCCUUGAGGGCAGACGCUCCCCGCGCCCCCCCCCACGCAAAGAAAAGCUCAGCCCCCCCUGCAUCUCCGUCGAGCCUCCGCCGUCGGAAACCUGCGGCGGCGGUACCAGCCAGGGCGGCGGCGGCGGCGGCGGCGGCCCUCCGGCCACCGUCCCCGGCUGCGCCACCACCCCUCGCCUCCGCCGACGCACCCCGUGCAGCGCCGAGUCGUCGCAAGACGGCGGUGGAGCCUCCGAGGAGUCCUGUAGGCCGCCGCUGCCCUCCUGCGCGCUGCUCCUGCCGCCGGUGACGCCGCCACCGCCGCCGUCGUCAUCGUCGUCGUUCGGUUCCAAUUCUUCGCCGUCGUCGUCGUCUUCGUCAUCGCCGUCGCCGUUUUUCUUGGCCGUGCCGUGGUCCGAGAGUUCCCCGCGGCCUCCGGUACAGGCUCUGGCCCAGGCCACGCCGAGGCCGCCCUUGCCUCCUCUCCCGGCGCCGCCGCUACUGCCGCCGCCCCACAAGAGGCAGAAGCAGGGCGGGGCGGAGCGGCGGCCCGACGGCGCGUCUCACGACGACGCGGCACCGAAGGACGCGCCGCCCGCCGCCGCCGCCGUCGCCAAGCACGGCAACGUCGCGCAGCAGCGGCCGCCGCCGCCGCUGUCUCCGGCGGCGGCGGCGGCUUGCCCGCACGGGCGAAUGCGGUCGCCGUUGAUGAAGCAGAGGACGUUGGGGAAACAGGACGAGGAGUAGGGACAAGAGGCCUCGGAUCUCGGUGGCGGUAGUACCGCGGGUCGGCGUCGACUUGGCCGGAGACGUGCGAGCGCGUGCGAGCGAGUGCGAGCGAGUGUGAGCGACUGUGAGCGCGUGUGAGCGAGUGCGAGCGAGUGUGAGCGAGUGUGAGCGAGCGCGAGCGAGUGCGUGCUGGUGCCAUCGAGGUUCUGUGUUGGGGGAUCCUGGCCGGUUGGUGAGUGGAUUGCCGCGCCUCUGUGAGCGAGCUAACGCCGGCCGCGCCGUAGACACCGUGCCGGCACAAGUUCCUAACCAGAUUUCGGGCUGCCCUCUGAUAAUCCACCCAGGGAUGUCCCCCGCGGAGCGAAGUUGAACUUUGUUGUUGUUUUUUUUCUUUCAGCCCAAUCGCCAAUUCGAUUCGAAAGUCUGCGACAUUUGUUCUUUUGGUUUUAAUCCGCUCGAGCCCACUCUCGUUUAUCGAUUAAAUUGGGAUGAGCCGCCCUCCACUUCGCCGUGACGACGGAGCGCUCCGUGGAGGGAGGGAGGAGAGGGAGGGAGGGAGGAGAGGGAGGGGAGGGAGCUGGGAGGAGAGGGAGGCAGAGAGGGAGGCAGGGAGGGAGGGAAGAGAAGGAGGGAGGCCUUAUUGUCGAAAGUAAGACCUCCCAUGUGAGGUGGGCCUCUGCGCCGUUACCAUCCAGGGCAGUUUUCCCCCCAUUUCAGGAUGGCGCGAGGCUCUGCCACAAGUCGGAGAUCCCGAAGGGGGUUGCUUCCCCCCCCCCCCCCCCCCCCCCGAGCCGUCAUCCUCCUCCCGCUGCCUGCAACAACACGACGGCCGCGAUCCUCAUUUAGCGUCUGCUGCAAACGACCGGCGUGUCCUCGACAUUUACCCGCCUCAUUUAGGGGCGGGAUUCCCGGUAAGCGUGCCGAUGUUGGCACCUAGUUGGGACCGUUGGACCAAUGCCCCGUGUUUACUGGGGUACCCAAGUACAUUAAAUCCAUGGGACCACGGUGAGAGGGAGACACGCAAACUGCAAAUAUACAGCAGCAGGCGUCGUCAGGGUCGGGAUGGAACCAACAACCUCCUGUAUACCAGGCGAGGUAGUUAACAUCUCAUAGCCACCGUGGCGCCUGUCCACUCCGCGUUGUCCGUUUGGAGCCGCCUUGGCUUGCGCGACAGCCGUGGCAGCGGCGGCCUUUUGCACCCCAUCCCGUGAGCUGCUCGAGACCAAAUCGGCCUUGUGGGAGAAGAAUACUAAAACAUUGCCUCCGGGCGUUCUUAGCGCAGAUGAGAGACGUACACACACAUUUAUAUUUACAAAUGUAUAUUUGAGAAAGGAGAACGCGUUUCCAAUCGACGUCGAACUAAUUUUCAACGUAUUUUACCGCAGAUAUCACGACACUAAUAAUGAUUAUUCGCAAAGACGACGUUUUUUUGACUUGAGGCAGUCCCCCCACGGUAAGCGUGCACAGCCGGGGCCCACGGUUGGCACAACAUUGGGGAACGUUGGUUGGGCGACGGGCGAGCAUUGCUACGUUGGCACGCCGUGGGGGCUGGUUGGGGGUGGUGGUCAACAAUUGCCGCGUCUUAGACACUGACGAGGCACCGCUGAGAUUCCGGGUUCAACGUGCGAGACCUGGGGGGUGUGGGAGUGGGAGUGUGGGGGUGGGUGGGUUCACAAUGACCUGGGUCAUACACACUGAGCUGCCUCCGCUGAGAUCCAGGGUCCGUGGCCCCUUCGGUCCAGGGAUGUUUCUUUUGGUCGUCUCUCUCGCGAGGGGCCCGUCGGCUCAUCGUGGCCGCAUCCGAGAUGCCCCCCACCCCCCGGGGUGUCUCGGUUUGGGCUCGUAAUGUGGCUUCUUGUGCGGUGUUAGCGAGAGGCGGUGUGGGAGCAGAUCCUUAAAUCACAUAUCAGAUAUAUUUAUCGCAUAUUCGUGCGUUGAAGCCGUGUGUGUGUGCGCGCGUGUCGUGGUUAUUACGUGUGCGUGCUAUACAAUUAUGCAGGUACUUUCUGGAGUCACAAGUAUACGGUUUUUAAAUUGCGUGCACCUAUAUAUAUUUGUGAGUACACGAGACUAAACACACUGCACGGUGCAGUAUAUGAGUUUGUGUGUGUGUGUAUAUACGUGCAACAGAAAAUAUGAAGUGCGUGACACAGUGGCCUACGAGCAGAGUUGCUUCACUGAUUACCACCGGUCAAUUUCUGCAUCCAACCCCUGCCCCCGUCCCCCUUUUGUUUUAUUUUAGGCUGAGUCGACCUAGGGGAGGUACAGGCGGGGCCACUCAUUCUAAAGGGUGGUAGUGGGGGCGUGGGCAGGCCAAACGUUGCCAGUUGCAGUUGAUAUAUUUGAAGGACCUUGCGAGCUCAGAAGCUCUCAAGUCGGAUUUCACCGAUUUACAAAUGAAACACCGUUUACCGCCGCGCUCCGGGUAGCGUGCCCAUCGGUUAUUUAUUUUUUUGGGCUGCCCGCAGUCACUACGAUGCGCGGUCGCUGGCUCCCAUUGGCUGCGCGGGAGGGGGGGCGGGGGGGAACGGUAAGAACUGAUCGACAGGGACCCAGCGUGGGGCGACACCGUGAACCGGUUGCCCCCACGUACCGAGACGAACUCGGUACGUGGGGCCACCCCGAAUGCGCGCGAGCGCGCCCGGCUGCGUUACAUUUUAUUUCGAGAAAGCCGUAGUCGGAGGGAGAAGGGAGGAGUGGCGCCGGUGUGGUUGUUUUUUUUUAAGGGGCGUCGUCGACACUCGGCGCAGAGAACCGCAGCGACCGCCGCCACUCACCGCUGGCCGGCGCCACAACCGGUGCCACGGCCGCCCCUCCGGCGACGUCUUCUGACCCGAAGAGGUGCGGGCAAAAGUUGCUCCGCGUCGCUUUUUGUUCCGGUUCCGAUUGCGGUGACGCGCAAGCGUGCGUUUGACACAGCUCGUUGGAAACGGAACCCGAAGUUAAAACCGACGACGUGCAUGCAUGCACGUGCGGGUACAUGUCUGUACGCAUGUACACGCACGUGCACGUACAGAUACAUGUGCGCGCGUGUACGUGCGUCGGCGGAACGGUAAUGGGUUUACGUGUCCGAGGCUGACGUCUGCUCCUGUGAGCGCUCGCCGGCAGUUUUUUAACAUACCAGCAGCCCCGUUUUGUCAAUCCACUGCUGGACGAGUGGUCGGGCAUUGCAGGACGGGAACGUAUUUUAAAUAACAAAAGAAAUCGCCACGUAUUGCGGGCGCUUGAUUAUCGGCGCAAGAGGUGCGGGCCGGUGGCUAAAGCAGACGGAGUUACAAGCAAAUUGCACUGCGGGAGGGAGAGAGUCUUAUUUAUCUUGUCGAGAUAAAACGAACAAAGUUUGUUUCUUGUGAGCGUGCGUGCAACUGACGAAGGGUUUCCACAGGUAUUCUCUUACUUCCCAACUGAUGCAGGUCGCAGUGGUUGGCUGCCGGUCACUUAACCACCCCCCUUUCACUGCGCACCGGUUUGUGAAGCUCUUGAGAGCAGGGGGGAAGUGUCAAAUAUCGGCGGUGUGUCGCUUAAAGCGGUGGUGUUGGCAGGUACAGACAGAUUCUCGACUAUCCGCGUGCGGUUUAUCCAAUUUGCGGAUUGAACGCGGCACCUGAGAUUUAGACACGAAUUACCAACUGGUGGAUUUUCCCAAAUUGAUCAUCUAAAAAGCAGUCAUACAACGUUGUUAUUCUCGGGAACGUUUAUUGCAAGUCGCGUCCUUUAACCGAACAAAUAUGUUGCUCCGGUUAAUCCGAAAUCCACGUGAGAUCGCCCCUACAGUACAGUAGUUGCCAUAUCUUUACAACAGUGGGCGGAGUUUGAUGUUGAUUGGCGUGGCUCUACUGCUGUCAUCCAUUUAGUGGGCCGAGUCUCCUGCUGGGUGGGAGCAGGAACGUGUUAUUAUCACUGAUCACGUGCAUCGAUCAGUCAGUCGGUCGUUCGUUUUUGGCAUAGAGAUCCGUGGAAAAAUGGACAUUAUUUGAAUUCUCUGCAAUUUUGACUGAUCCAUGG